AUGCAAGGAUUAUCGUUUAUUCGACAAUUAUUUUCCCAUCGACAGUUGCAUAUUUCUUUACUUAGGCAACAGACGAUACCAAUGGUGGUUGAUCAGGAUGGCCGUAUUGAAAGAGUUUAUGACAUUUAUUCACGGCUGCUCAAAGAUCGUAUUGUUUGUGUAAUGACAUCGAUGCUGGAUGAUAGCUUCAAUUCUCUUUCGAGUUGCAAUUCUCUCUUUCUUUCUCUUCUCUUUUUACAAGGCGAAAGCGCGAAGAGUACUAUUAAUAUGUAUAUAAUGUGUCCUGGUGGAAGCGUGACUGCUGGCUUAGGUAUUUAUGACACGAUGCAGUAUAUUAGCGCUCCAGUAGCAACUUGGUGUAUUGGCCAGGUGAUCGGUUUCCUAAUUGGGUUACGAAUUUUUCUUACUGAUUUUCUUAAGGGCCAAGCAUCCGAUAUUUUGAUUCGAGCCGAAGAAAUUGGUAGACUGAAAACACGGUUGAACAAAAUUUAUGCCGUUCAUACAGGACAAGAUAUUGAAACGAUUGAGGAAGUACUAGAUCGCGAUAGAUAUAUGAGUCCGGAAGAAGCCAAACAGUUCGGUAUAAUUGAUCAGAUAGAGACUUCUGCAUUUGAUUUGUGA